CAUGAUGGUUGAGUGAAAACGCCUUGCUCUGCUGCUGUGGCCUAGUAGCUGAGUGAAAAGCUAAAAAGUAAGCCAAAAUUGGACGACCCAUUUGGAGAAAUCUUGCCAAAGCCGAGGGGAUUCUGUUCUUGAAGUUUUGAAUGAAUUAAUGUGUUGAUUAGAGGUUUGAUUUUGAUCAUAGCUUUUGUUUGCUUUUGCUUAACGUUCUUCACUGGAUGAUGAGAUAAUGAUGUACCCACUUUGAGAUAGGGAGAACAAGAGGGAGAUACUAAGAGGGGAUGCUUUUUUCUUUUUUCCACUGUCUGAUUAGUGAUCAUUGAUUCCAGUUGUUGUAAUUAUGGAGGAACCAACUGGGUUUAACCCUCUUUGAAUAAAAAUUCCCCUUCUCCACCAUCUUAUAAUUGAUUCCAGUUAAAUUCUGGCAUGAGCCAACUGGGUUUUUACCUCCGUUCACGUGAAGCAGAGGAAAAAGGAAAAAGGAAUCGACCCAUUUGAGAAAAAGGGUCAAUACUUCUCCCCAUCUCUUUACUAGUUCACGUAAUCGUUACCAAAAUAACGACUGGGUUUUAUCCAGUCUGUUGCCGCCAUGAUUCGUACGAAGAUUUUAGUCGAUUAACGCCAGUGAUUUCUAUGGAUUAAACUUCUACACAGGUCCAGAUUAAGGGUUCUGGGAUUGGAGGCCAGAACGGGGUUCUUUUGGGUCGUUGAAUAAUGAUUAGUUCAAGCGGAUUCUUACUCGAGUGCUGAUUUUGAUAAGAAGGGUCAGUGAAGAAUUGGUGGUAUUCCUUUAAUUUGUGGGUUUUCUUGUUGAAUUUGUAUUGUUGUGUUCCGGUGGAGGAGUUUUAUGUGGAGGGGUUGCUCUGGCGGAGCUGGGGUUUUGCUCAAGCUCUCAAGGUGCUUGCUGAGGAUGUCUGUGAGCUGCAAGUUUUCUACCUCCAAUGGAAAAUUUCCAGCUGGGUUUAAGCUGAAGAAGGCGAAGGAGUAUCUGUGUUUGUUAAAUUCCACCGGAAAAUGGAAGAAGAGGCUUCUCUGUCUUUGGAUUCUCGCUCUACUUAUACUUUUGAGCCGUUGGUUUUCCUUGCGUUCGUAUAAUGUAAAUAGUGGCACAAAACAGAAGACCUCGUACUUGUUCGACGAAGAAACUCGAACUUUUCUGCGGCAUUUCAAUGUAAGCAAGAAUCAGCUUCAAGCUUUAGCUUCCUUGUUAUCCGAAUCAGAUCGGAUAUCGGGGUGCACCAAUGAUUUUGGACCUGACACAUCAGAGUUGGAUGGAAUUGGCUGUGCUCAGAGGUUACUGUACUGGGAGCAAGAUUUGCACAAGCAGUAUGUAUGGGUUGAAGAAAGUGCAGAUUCCAAUGUUGGGCGGUGCCCAGUUCGAACUGAGAAGAUCCCUGAAAAUUCUGACCAAUUAUUCUCUGAGGACAUAACUGUUCCAUUUGCUACAGACUUAUCCAUCUCUUUACUUUCAAAUGGAAAUCAGCUUUGUGGAAAGAUAAUUGAACAAGCAGGACAGCUAAGAUGCCUUAUAAGAAAGCACUGGAAGAUUUUCUGUAGUUUAUUGAUUGGAUGUUUUUGGGUUCUUCUUGGACUGGUAGUGUUCCAGAAAGUAUCUGGUUUCCAGCUAAAAUUGUGGAACAAGAAACAUCCAAAGCCAAAUCAGCCAUUGGUUCAUCAACAGUGGGUCUUACUAAGGAGAAAACAGCAUCAAGUCAAAGAUUCUCCUAAAAGCGCUGGUAAAUGGCGGAAGGUGCUCUUAAGAAUAUUUAUCGUAGUUGGGAUCGUCGGGUCCAUUUGGUUAUUUUGGUACCUGAACCAGACAGCCAUUUUGAGAAGAGAAGAAACACUUGCAAACAUGUGUGAUGAGCGAGCCCGGAUGUUGCAGGACCAAUUUAACGUUAGCAUGAACCAUGUUCAUGCAUUGGCUGUUCUUACCUCUACUUUCCACCAUGGAAAACAGCCUUCUGCCAUUGAUCAGAAAACAUUUGGUGAAUAUACAGAAAGAACCGCCUUUGAAAGACCGCUGACUAGCGGUGUAGCUUAUGCUCUGAAAGUUAAUCACUCAGAAAGAGAGAAAUUUGAGAUGAUGCAUGGAUGGACGAUAAAGAAAAUGGAGACUGAGGACCAAACUCUUGUUCAAGAUUGUGAUCCAGAAAAUUUGGACCCUGCACCCAUUCAAGAUGAAUAUGCACCUGUCAUAUUUUCUCAAGAAACAGUCGCGCAUAUAGUUUCUAUCGACAUGAUGUCGGGAAAAGAGGACCGUGAGAACAUCUUGCGAGCUAGGGCGUCUGGGAAGGGAGUGCUUACAUCUCCUUUUAAACUUUUGAAAUCUAAUCACCUUGGAGUUGUUCUCACAUUUGCUGUCUAUAACACUGACCUCCCACCAGACGCUACUCCCGAGCAACGUAUUGAAGCUACUGUUGGUUAUCUAGGUGCAUCAUAUGAUAUCCCCUCACUGGUGGAAAAGCUUCUGCAUCAGCUUGCUAGCAAGCAGACAAUUGUUGUGAAUGUUUAUGAUACAACCAAUGAUUCUGCUCCGAUCAACAUGUACGGUUCUGAUUUUACCGAUACCGGGCUACUGCAUAUUAGUAAACUUGAUUUUGGGGAUCCAUUAAGAAGGCAUGAGAUGCAUUGUAGAUUCAAGCAUAAACCUCCACCUCCUUGGACGGCUAUCAAUUCAUCAGCUGGCGUCCUAAUCAUUACCUUGUUGGUUGGCCAUAUAUUUCAUGCAGCAAUAAGUCGGAUUGCAAAAGUGGAGAAUGACUAUCACGAGAUGAUGGGGCUUAAAAGUCGCGCCGAAGCUGCUGAUGUGGCAAAAUCACAGUUUCUGGCAACAGUUUCCCAUGAGAUCAGAACACCAAUGAAUGGUGUUUUAGGCAUGCUCAAAUUACUGAUGUACACUAACCUUGAUUCAAAGCAACUGGAUUUUGCCCAGACUGCCCACGAGAGUGGAAAAGAUCUGAUAUCACUCAUAAAUAAGGUUCUUGAUCAAGCUAAGAUGGAAUCAGGAAGGCUUGAACUUGAAUCUGUGCCCUUCGAUCUGCGUGCUAUACUUGAUAAUGUGAUCUCACCUUUUUCUCUCAAAUCUAAUGACAAGGGAAUUGAGUUGGCUGUUUAUGUCUCUGAUUUGGUGCCUGAAGUUGUCAUUGGUGACCCUGGACGCUUUCGUCAAAUAAUUACUCAUCUUGUUGGAAAUUCACUCAAGUUUACUCAUAAAAGGGGACACAUAUUAGUCUCGGUGCAUCUGGCUGACGAGGUGAGAGGUCCAGUUGAUUUUAUGGACAUUGUUCUUAAACAAGGCACAUAUGUAGUUGGAGAUACAUCAAACAAUAGUUGUACUACAUUCAGUGGGUUACCUGUGGUGGAUAGAUGGAAAAGCUGGGAGAAAUUCAAAAAGUUCAGCAGGACGGAUGCGGUGGAGGAACCCAAAACAAUUAGAAUACUCGUGACCGUAGAGGAUACAGGUGUAGGAAUUCCCCACGAUGCACAAAACCGAGUAUUCAUGCCUUUUAUGCAGGCAGAUAGUUCCACAUCUCGGACGUAUGGUGGCACGGGAAUAGGAUUGAGUAUUAGCAAACAUUUGGUGGAUCUCAUGGAUGGGGAGAUUGGGUUUGUGAGUGAACCUGGUAUUGGUAGCACAUUUUCUUUUACGGUUUCUUUCCAGAAAGGGGAAAUUAGUUCUUUGGAUACCAGACAGCCGCACUGUGAUCUGGGUGUUGUCGAUUUCCAGGGGCUAAGAGCGUUAAUAAUUGAUAAUAGCUGCGUUCGAGCAGAGGUCACGAGAUAUCAUCUUCAGAGGCUGGGGAUCUCUGUUGAUAUUACUCUGAGUGCAGAGUCUGCUUAUCAAUAUCUAUCCAAUGCCUCCAACACAAGAGCAUCAACACAACUGGCCAUGAUUCUUAUAGACAAAGACAUUUGGGACAAGAAAGAGGGUCUCAAGUUCCAUCUUUUGUUUAAAGAGCAUGUGAAUGGUCCAAAACUCUUUCUCUUGGCAUCCCCCAAAAGCUCCAAUGAGCAAUAUGAACUUAGAUCUUCUGGCCAUGUAAAUAAUGUGUUAAGUAAACCUCUUCAGUUAAACGUGUUGGUCAGUUGCUUCCGUGAAGUCUUCGGGAUCGAGAAGAGGAAUCAAGUAAUUAUUAAACGACCAUCGACUCUUGGAAAUCUGCUGAAAGAAAAGCAUAUCCUGGUUGUGGAUGACAAUGCUGUAAACAGAAAGGUGGCCGAAGGCGCCCUAAAGAAAUAUGGAGCUGUUGUAACUUGUGUAGAACGUGGAACGGAUGCUGUGGCUCUCCUCAACCCUCCACACAACUUUGAUGCUUGCUUCAUGGACCUCCAGAUGCCUGAGAUGGAUGGGUAUGAAGCUACAAGACGGGUCCGUGCUGUAGAAAGUGGCGUGAACGCGAAAAUUUCAUCUGGGGAAGUGUCAAAUGAGGAUAAUAAGGUCCAUUGGCACACACCAAUAUUUGCUAUGACGGCAGAUUUAAUUCAGGCUAUGAAUGAAGAGUGCGUGAAGUGUGGGAUGGAUGGUUAUGUAGCUAAGCCAUUCGAAGAGGAGCAGCUUUAUUCGACUGUAGCACGUUUUCUUGAAACUGCUUGACACAAUGCUGCACAUAGCGGCAAUAACCGUUCCUUACCUCUCUGACCCGAAGCUCGUCGCUCUUAUGCAAGGAUGGAUGGCUCCAGAUUAUGGCUGCCCAUCUUCUGACUACUCUAUCCAGCUAUCGGAUGGUGGAUGGAGCUAACCUGGUCGUGUCCUUCUCAUCUGUUAAUUUGUGGAAUGACAACCAUGAUUAGGUAGUGUUAGCAGUGGGUGUAGGCUGUUGGGGGAAAAGCGAGCAAACGAUGGAUGAUCCAUGGAUUUGCAUUAUGCCAUGUCCCUCCAAUGGCCAUAAACUAACAAAUGGCUUCCUAGAUGGCCCUUGACUGCUUGUCAAGUAGACUCGAACGUUAUGAUUUGCCGAAAUUACUCGUUUAUGAACCCUGAAGACUUUUAUCUCCUCCGAGAUGGCCCUUAUCGAAUUCCUCCCUCGUCGUGCAUUGGAAUGAUAGAAUCUUCACCUUUUUCCGAGCCGACUAUGAUUGAUUCGACAUUUUUCACUAGUUGUAUGUAUCCUGAUAGAUAUAACAAAAUACCAAGUAUAGACAUUUGAAAGAGUAUUGUAUAUUCCCAUGUAUACAAGAAUUUGUCUGCUUACAAAUUCUCGAAAUGUCUCGUGGAAGGUCGAUGGUUUCAUUUUGAAGCUAUAUAAAAUUAUGUAUGUUCUAUAUGUAAAGGAGAUUUGAAAAAUUGAGUAAGAAGAGCAUUUUUGCUUUUCUUACCGUACAUACUUGGUUAUAUCAUAUAAAACUAUGUAUAGUAAAUUGAACAUGUACUUUUGCA